ACAGAUCCCAAAGUGAGCCCUGGAGGCUAAGACAGAGUGGGCGUUUGACCCCCUGGACCUGCAUGAGUAGUUUGGACCACAUGAAAAAUGGGGUCAAGUUGUGGGCUCGUGGGGUGACUUGGGUAUCGGGAGUGUUGGAGUUAAGAGCAGGAAGAGGAGCCACUUCUAGGGCUGAGGAAUCUGUCCAUGUUCUCAUUGCCCCUCAUACCUUCCCCUCCCCCCAGCUCAGCUCAUUCACCCUAAAGGGGACUUUAAGUAGGCUGAGCCUCCUCCACCCUGAUGCAGCAGAGAAAACCCACCUCAGGACCAGGCUAUGGAGGCAGCCCCAGGAAAGAACUGAGAAGCCAGGGAGGAGGACAGGAUGCCAGGGGUUUGGGACCCUUCACUACUCCACUCUGGGGUCCAGGGCUGGCCCCAGGGUCCUCUGGUGAAUAUGAAUCCUGAGUUUCUGCUGCUUGGGUCACAGCAGGGUGAACAGGGGUGAGUUGAGGGCCUGCCUGGCUCCUUCAUAAGUGUACGUAUGUAAGUGCACAUGUGUGUGAGUACUCGUGUGCAUGUGGAGUCCAGAGGACAGCCUUAGGUGAUAUUUUUCAGGCAUCAUCCACCUUGGUUUGUUGUUUAUUUUUGUUCUGUUAUUGUUGUUUUGGAUUUUUUUUUUUUUUGCUUUGUUUGAGACAGGAUCUCACUAUGUAGCCCUGGCCUGUCUAGAACUCACUAUGUAGAUUGGCCUCAAACUCACAGAGAUCCACCUGCCUCUGCCUCCUGAGUGCUGGGAUGAAAAGUAUUUGUCAUAAGCUGAAGGGAUAAUUCAGAGGUUAAGAGCCCUGGCAGCUCUUCCAGAGGUCCUGAGUUAAUUCUCAGCAACCUCAUGGUGGCUCACAGCCAUCUACUGUGAGAUCUGGCGCCCUCUUCUGGCCUUCAGGCAUACAUGCAGGCAAAACGCUGUAUAUAUAAUAAAUAAAUCCGUUUUUAAAAAGUGUUUGCCAUGAUGACUGGUCAGCCUUAUUUUUUGAGACAAGGUCUUUCACUGGCCCAGAACUCAUCAAAUAUAGUUGAGCCAGCUGUCUAGUGAACUCCGUAGAUUAACCUGUCUCUGCCUUCCCCCAUGCUGGGAUUACAAACACCCAAUUCCGUCUGUGUUCUGGCAAUCAAAUUCAAGUUCCUGUAAGGCAAAUACUUUUAUCUAUUUAAGCUAUCUCUUCAGCCCUUGGCCCUUUAAGAAGGCAGUUCUGCUCCGCCCCUUGAGUGACCCUGUUGCCCAGCAACAGGAGGCAGUUGGUGUAUACAAUGUUCUUGAGGCAACCAGAAGCUUUGUUCGGGACAGAGUGACCAGUACUGCCCCACUGAUCGUGCCUGGACAACCGCCCAGUGACCCUUCCUUCAUUCUGCCCCCCUUCCUGCUCAGCCAGGCAGUGGGCACCAUGGCACAAACGGACGUGCUCCUGACUAAGGAGCCAGCCCCACAGUCAAUCCAGGCCUGUGAGCUGCCGCACAAAGAGUACGAUGUGGCCUGCAAUACUGGUGCCUACACAUCCUCGGGUCUGGCCACCGCUGGCUUCCGCACAGCCAAAUACUUAAUAGACGAGUGGUUUCAGAACUGUUACGCCCGCUACCACCAGGCCUUUGCAGACCGGGACAACUCUGAGCGGCAGCGGCAUGAGAGCCGGCAGCUGGCAGCCGAGACUGAAGCCCUGGCUCAGCGCACACAACAGGACUCCACGCGAAAGGUGGGAGAGCGCCUGGAGGACAUGCAUUGCUGGAAGUCAGAGCUGCAGCGGGAGAUAGAUGAGCUGUCUGCCGAGACUGAGCUGAUGCGGGCCCAGAAACGGCGGCUAGAGCGCGCCUUGGACGCCACUGGCUUGCCCUUCUCCAUUGCCACCGACAACCUACAGUGCCGAGAACGCCGCCAGCAUCCAGACCUUGUGCGGGACUACGUGGAAGUGGAGCUGCUGAAGGAAACUGAGCUGAUCAGGAACAUCCAGGAGCUCUUGAAGAGGACUAUCUCACAAGCCGUGGGCCAGAUACGGCUGAACUGGGAACACAAGGAGACCUGUGAGAUGGACUGGUCGAACAAAGUAGAGGCCUACAACAUUGACGAGACCUGCUCUCACUACAACAAUGAGAGCACGCAGGUGCAGUUCUACCCGCAUUCCGGCAAGUUCGAGGAGAGUGCCUCCACUCCCGAGACGUGGGCCAAGUUUACUCAGGAUAAUCUGCUUCGAGCCGAACGCGAGCGGCUAGCUUCGGUUAACCUGCGGAAGUUAAUUGACUGUAUCCUGCGGGAUACGGCCGAGGACCUGCGGCUGCAGUGCGAUGCAGUGAACAUGGCUUUCUCACGCCGCUGCGAAGAGCUGGACGACGCCCUCCACAAACUGCAGUACCACAUGCAAAAGACGCUGAGGGAGAUCACUGACCAGGAGCACCAGGUGGCAGCCCUGAAGCAGGCCAUCAAGGACAAGGAGGCUCCUCUGCGCGUGGCCCAGACCCGCCUGUACCAGCGGUCACACCGGCCCAACGUGGAGCUGUGCCGGGACGCUGCACAGUUCAGGUUGCUGAGUGAGGUGGAGGAGCUAACCAUGUCCCUCAACUCGCUGAAGGAGAAGCUUCAGGACGCCGAGCAGGCACUGCGGAACCUGGAGGACACACGCAUGAGCCUGGAGAAGGACAUUGCCGUCAAGACCAACAGCCUCUUCAUUGACCGCCAAAAGUGUAUGGCCCACCGCAGCCGCUACCCCACUGUCCUCCAGCUGGCCGGCUACCAGUGACCGGGGCUGGCACCCGGCCACAUGAUCUCAUCCAAAUAAAGAGCA